CUAAAAAGAAAUGAACCUGAAGCUCCCAGUAAAACCACCACAACCACAGGUUCCCGAGCUCAUGGAUUGUCCCGGAAAACAAUAGAAAGCCAUUUCCUUUUCCGUUUCCCGGAAAAUGGGUAGCAAGAUGGCCUUCACUUUGACAAGCCCUCGAUUUUUCUCGUCGAUUUCUCGCAAACCCACCACUUGUGUCUCUCCUUCUUCCCCGCCGUCUUCGAGGGCACAGUGUAGUAAUCACUUCAGUCAUGGAAGAUCGGGUUCCGUCAGUCGAAGAUUGUUCCUGUUGCCCACCAAAGCUACCACCGAUCAAUCGGGUCAGGUGGGAGGAGAGGAGGUCGAUGGCAAGAUUUUACCGUAUUGUAGCAUCAACAAGAAUGAAAAGAAAACAAUCGGUGAAAUGGAGCAAGAGUUUCUGCAAGCGAUGCAAGCAUUCUAUUAUGAGGGCAAAGCCAUUAUGUCCAACGAGGAGUUUGACAACCUUAAAGAAGAGCUAAUGUGGGAGGGAAGCAGCGUUGUGAUGCUAAGUUCCGAUGAACAGAGAUUCUUGGAAGCUUCAAUGGCUUAUGUGUCUGGAAAUCCACUCAUGAAUGAUGAAGAAUAUGAUAAGUUGAAAUUGAAACUGAAGAUGGAUGGCAGUGAAAUUGUGGCUGAGGGUCCAAGAUGCAGUCUCCGUAGCAAAAAGGUAUACAGUGAUCUAUCCGUAGAUUAUUUCAAAAUGUUCUUGUUGAACGUUCCAGCAACCGUCGUUGCCCUUGGACUGUUUUUCUUCCUCGACGAUCUUACUGGGUUCGAGAUCACAUACCUUUUGGAACUCUCGGAACCAUACAGUUUCAUCUUCACGUGGUUUGCGGCCGUUCCUCUCAUAGUUUGGCUGGCUCUAUCACUCACCAAACUUAUCGUUAACGAUUUCCUGAUCUUGAAGGGGCCUUGCCCUAACUGCGGGACCGAGAACCUCUCCUUCUUUGGAACAAUACUGUCCAUCUCCAAUGGCGGCAGCACCAACAACCUUAAAUGCUCCAACUGUGGAACUGAGAUGGUUUACGAUUCAAAAACCCGUCUGAUCACAUUGCCAGAAGGAGGCAAAGCUUAAACCGAGGUAUAUGUACACAUUCAUCCCGUAUAUAUACAUGGAAAAAUUGUACUUCUGGGUACUAACAGAGGAAAGAAGAGAUAGUUUUGUGUUGUAUACCUCAGAUGUUACAUAAGCUCUUGUUGAUGGGCCCAUGCAUUUGUGUUCUGUAAGUAAUGUGCGUCUGCAAUGAGAGAAUCACCACGAGAUGAAAUACAAAAAUAGUAUUUUUUUUUCCUGUUACAUUUGUAAAUCACCAUGUUAUUGUUUCAUCUA